CCCAGGCCACUGGGGAGAUGACAGGGCUGUCGACCGACGACGGUGGCAGCCCCAAGGGGGAUGUGGACCCAUUCUACUACGACUACGAGACCGUCCGGAACGGAGGCCUGAUCUUUGCCGCCCUGGCCUUUGUCGUGGGGCUCAUCAUCAUCCUCAGUAAAAGGCUCCGCUGCGGCGGCAAAAAGAAACACCGGCAAGUGGACGGAGAUGAGCUGUGAUGACGGAGUCUGCUGUGUGCUCAUUGCACCGGGGCCGUUGGGAAGCCUUCCGUGAGCUGUAGACCUUUGUCCCCAGCGCCGCCAGGCCCUGGGCUGAAGGAAGCACCGGGCCCCAGGUGACCCCUGGGUGCGCCUGGCCUCCUCCCACCU